AAGAAAAACAUCUCUCAUGGAUUUCUCUGCUGUUUCUUCUGCUCUCAAAACAAUUGACAAGCUAACACGAGAAGUCACAUCCUUGUGGGGAGUCGAUGAACAAGUUGAGGGCUUGGAAAGUGAGUUGAGAUGGAUGCAAAGCUUCCUGAAGGUGGCAGAUGCAAGAAAAGUUGACAAUGAGCUGAUACGUACCUGUGUUGUUGAGAUCAGAGAAUUGGCCUACGAUGCUGAAGAUGUGAUCGAGACGUUUUCCCUCAAAGUUGUGUCCAAAAGGAAAGGUGAAUUUUCAAAUUGCAUCAAAAGAUCCGCUUGUUUCCUCAAGGAGGGAUGCCUGCUCCACAAAAUCAAGUCAGAGAUAGAAAAAAUCACAGCCAGAAUCAAAGAAUUGACUAGACAAUUGAAGACGUACGAUGUAUCAAAGUUAGGGGUUGAUGGAGAAGAACCAAGUUCUUCAACUGAAAGGCGGGAGGCAAGGCGGCCUUAUCCUCAUGUUAUGGACGAUAACAUUGUUGGAUUGGAUGAUGGCAUCAAGAAAUUGGUCACAGUUCUUCUCGAUGAGCAAAGUGAAUGUAGGGUUGUCUCCAUAUGCGGAAUGGGUGGUCUGGGCAAGACCACUCUUGCCAAGAAAAUAUAUCACCACAGCCAAGUUGUUGGUCAUUUCAAGCACUUGGUUUGGGUAUAUGUUUCUCAACACUGUCAAAAAAGAAAAGUUUGGGAAGAUAUUCUAUCUGAUCUUCUCAUCUUAAGUGAAGAAGACACUAAGAUGAAGGUUGAAAAAUUAGCAGAGAAGUUGUCUAGUUUCUUUGAGGAAAACAAAUGUUUGGUGAUACUCGAUGAUGUUUGGAACACCGAGGCUUGGGAUAGCUUAAAACCAGCAUUUUCAGCGAGGGAGACGAGAAGCAAGAUCUUAGUCACCUCUCGGAACAAGGAGAUAGUUUCACAUGCCGACAAAAAUGGUUUCCUAUAUGAGGUGCAGUGCCUAAACUACGAACAGAGCUGGGAACUAUUCCAAAAGAUUGCAUUUCCCCCAUCAAAUUCUACAGGUAAUAUAUAUGUUUAUUGAUUUCAUAAUUGUGAAAUUUUUCAAUCUUAAUAUAUCUAUUUAAUUUUUCGCUUCUUUUAACUCUUAAACUUGUAUCGUUU